GUCCUUGAAUACCCGCCUCCUCCCCCUCCUUCAGUUCCGGUUCAGUUCAACAUGGCGGCCGGUGGCUGACAAGUAAAAAUGUUUACAAGAGUUUUAUUUGUUCACAAUUUAAAAACUUGUUUUAUAUGAAAAGAACCGUUUAAUGAGAAAGUUCUUUUCCUGACGAUGGAACCGUUCUGAUCGGACUUGGACCUGAACACGAACGGAGUCAUGGAGAAGUUCGGGAUGAGUUUCGUAGGCGGGCCCAGUCGGAAGGAGCUGCUGGACUCCGUCGAGGCCCAGAAGAAGCAGCUGGUCCAGUACCAGAGCCGCUUCAAGGACGUGGUCCAGGCCUACAAGAGUCUUCUCAAGGAGAAGGAGGCUCUGGAGUCCAGUCUCAAGGUCCUGACCGUGACCCAGGAGGGUCAGAGUACCACCAGCACCGCCCCGGACCUCACAGAGGACGGCUGCUCGCUGCACAGCGAGGACAGCGUAGACACGUCCAGUGAGACCAGAGGGGACCAGUCCGAGGAAGACCAGGGAGAACUGACGCUGAGAGCCGAGAGGGCGGAGCUUGAGACCAGCAGUGUGGGAGCUGAGACUCAACAGGCCACGCCCCUCCCGAGCCUGGAGGCGGAGCGUCGACUCGCCCAGCUGAAGAGCCAACUGAGCACCCUCACUGGCGCUCUCGCCACAGUGACGCAGGAGAAGUCUCGAAUGGAGGCGAGUUUCCAGGCCGACAAGCGUCAGCUGAAGCAGGAAGUGGAGGAGCUGCAGGAGCGUCUGGUCACCGUGACGACGCAGCAGGAGGCGGAGCUGCGCUCGCUGCAGCUGCAGCUGGCCGAGGGUCGAGCUCGCAUCAUCACGCAGCAGCACGAGCGCGAGCAGGAGCAGGGCGACCACGUGCAGCAGCUGAGGGAGCUGCAGAGGAUCCUGCAGCAGGAACGAGACCUGCGACAGGACGCCGAACUCCACCUGCAGGACGCCAACACCGCCCUCUUGAUGACAUCACAGGCCGCAGACCGGGGGGCGGAGUCCGAAGUUCAUCUGAAUCAGGUGAGGGACGAGAGAAAUGAGCUAAAGAGGAGGCUGCAGGCUGCAGAGGCAGACCAGAAGAAACCGGAUCCCAGAGUGGACGAGCUCCAGCAGGAGCUGACGGAACUGAAGAACCACUUCCAGAAGAAGAUCCACACCGAGACCAGGAAGGCAUGCGAAGUGGAGGAACGCGCUCGUGAACGUGCUCAGGCUGCAGAGAUCCGGAUCGCAGGUCUGGAGCAGCGAGUGUCAGAGCUGUCGGAGCUGCUCGGUGCCUGUGAGAAGACGAGGCAGCGAGACCAGCAGGCCGCUCAGAGACUCCGAGACCGGAUCCUGCAGUUGGACACUGAGAACAAAACGCUGGCCAUCGCCGCCUCCAGCAGGUCCACCUCGGACCUCGGCCUGGACGAGUCGCAGCUGGACGUCAGCGCGCUGAAGGAGAAGCUGGGAAAAGUGAAGAAGCUGCUGCUGCUGGCAGCUCAGAGGAACCCAGACCAGAACCUCCGGGACCUGGCAGAGGCGGAGGCGGAGCCGGGUGGGGACAGAGCCUCCGCGCUCGUCUACCAGCAGGAGCUGCGGCAGCUGAAGGAUGAGUUUGAACGUUACAAGCUGCGAGCGCAGGUGGUGUUGAAGAACAAGAACACCAAAGACGGCAGCCAGGCCAAAGAGCUGGAGGAGGUCCGGGACCAGCUGGUGGAGUUGAAGGAGAAGUACAUCAACCUGCGGAUCCAGAGCGACGAGGACAAAGUCCAACACUGCCGGGAGCUGGAGGAGCGGCAGCAAGAGGCGGCGCUGCUGCAGCAGAGCCACAGACAGGAAGUGGAGCGGGCGGAGGCGCUGCACCGCGACGAGCUGUUGCGCCUGGAGGCGGAGCUUCACAAACAGAGGGAGCGGACCAUGGCCCUGCUGGACGAGAAGGACCUGGAGCUGGAGAGGUUGCGGGCCGCCGCCGCCGCGCUCGUCCGCAGCAACGACCGUGUCGAGGCAAACGAGCCCGAGCCCGAGACAGAGGGCGACAUAGUCGGCCAGGCGUUGCAGAGAGUCGCGCCCGCCGAACCCACGCUGCUGCUGUACGCCGAACAGCUGUCCAGGAAGGAGGUGGAGGUCGGCAGCCUGCGGCGGCAAAAACACCGGCUGGAGGAGGACCUGCACCAGCUGCAGGCUCGGCUCAUCGCUAACGGAGAGCGGCACGAUGAGGAGGUGACGGAGCUGCGAGGACGACUCGACAAACUGAUCCGUGACCAGAGCCGAGAGGGCGCCAACAUGGAGUACCUGAAGAAUGUCAUCUACAAGUUCCUGACGCUUCACGACGCCAGCGAGAGGCAGCAGACGCUCACCGCCAUACUCACCAUCCUGCACUUCAGCCCCCAGGAGAAACACCAGGUCCUGAGGCUGCAGGGGGCGACAUGGUGGACCAACAGGAAGUAACACACCUGAAGAAAAAACACCUCGUCCUGGUGGACCAACAGGAAGUAAAACACCGGAAGAACAAACAAUAAUCUGGGUGUAUUAGUAAAGUAGUUUUUUCUCUGGUUCCUCCUCUUGAUUGAUCUUGUGUUAAUAAAGUUUCAGUUCUUCUGUACAAACUGUAUAUGAACAUAUUAAACUUAUAUGAUGAGAUCAUCAUGACCUUCAAAUCAUUGAGAUGUAUAUUUUUCAUUGCUUAUUGAAAUUAAACUUUUUCUUCCUGCUUCACGAA